UCGCAAAAAACGACUUGGCCGUCUCGCGUUGCACAUUUCCCGGAAUCCGGCUCCAAACGCCUCGCCCCACUCCGUCACCUCUACAGCCCUCCAGUGCCUCCAAUUCUUCCGUCGAUUACCCCGAAUCCGGAGGGAGAUCAGUUUGUUUGUUGAUUUUGUUCGCUACGUGCAGUUCGCGGGAUUAUACGUCGAUUACGAUGAGCGACGACGGGGAUAUGGACCUCGCCGGGGAGUGUAAGCGUACCAUGCGACUCCUGGAGAUGCUGCGUCGCACGGAGUACGAGCUCGUGCAGGAGAACGGCCAGCGACGGUUGACGGCGCCAGAAGUUUCGCGCGGUGAACGGGAACGCGUUAAGGGCGCGGAGGUGUUCCUGGGUCGUUUGCCACGCGAUUGCUACGAGGACGAGCUGAUGCCGUUGCUGGAGCAAGUGGGCCGACUUUUGGAACUGCGACUGAUGCUCGACUUUUCCGGGUCGACGCGCGGCUACGCGUUCGCGUUGUACGAAAACCCGCGGAUCGCCCGGAAGGCGUGCGAGCGCCUGGACGGCCACGAGAUCCGGCCGGGGCAUCGCAUCGGCGUGGUCAAGUCCAUGGACAACUGUCGGCUCUUCUUCGGCGGUGUACCCAAGACCAAGACCAAGCCGGAGUUUAUGGAGGAGCUGACCAAGAUCCUCGACGGCAUCACGGACGUCUACUUGUACCCGAGCGCCCACGAUCGCAGCCUAAAUCGCGGUUUUAUCUUCGUCGAGUUCCGAGAUCAUCGGGCGGCCGCGAUGGCCCGGCGCAAGCUCAUACCCGGCAAAGUGAUGCUUUGGGACCACGAGAUCGCGGUGGACUGGGCGGAUCCGGAACCGGGCGAUCCGAUCGACGAGGACAUCAUGGAAACGGUGACGGCUCUGUUCGUAAGGAACCUCGCGCUCGAUAUGCCGCAGCAGAAGGUGAAGGAGAUCCUCUACAGGCACACGAACGUGCCAAUAUUGAAGCUGAAGAAGAUCAAUCACUUCGCUUUCAUUCACUACGAGAAUCGUGAAGCCGCGCAGACUGUAAUGGACAUAAUGCAAAAAACAAAUAGUAUUGUCGAGAAACAGGGUUGGGAGGUCCGUUGGGCGAAACCCAUCGGAGCGUCCAAGGUUCUGGAAAGACAACGAUACAUUCGCGAGGCGGCAACCAACUCGAAUGUCCAAAAGACCGAAAUUCCGCGCUCGAAACAAGGAAAGAAACGCUCCAUCAAAGCGUUCGCGAAAACACACGAGGACAGCGUUUACCUGGCACAGAUGAAAAUCCUGCUGAGCUUGGUCAAGGAAAGAUUCGAUGCGACGUGCACCUUUGACUGCGUACAGAUAAUGGAUACGUCCGGUUAUGCUGGCAGAGUAACUAUUUACAAAGAUGAUAUAAUAAUGUUCGAAUUUCAAGGGGAACCAAUGGCGUCGAAACAUGAAGCCAUGAGCGUGGCAUCCGUUCAAGUCUACCAAUAUUUAACCGGUAUGGCGAAUAGCGCGCCGCAGCUAUUAUAUGAACAGCAUUAUAUUCAAUCAGGAAUGGACAUUAACUGUGUGACUGACGCACCGAUUAUGUGGCAAUCUCCAGGAAUAGUUCGAAAUUAGAUCAGCUACUAUUUACCAUUUGUUUCGAUCUUUUCUCUUUAAUUGUUACAUACACAUGCAAAACCUACUGACGCAGUUGCCAAAGAAAAGCUCAAUAACUCUUUCUUAUCUAUUUUUCUCAAGUUUUUUAACAUUUAUUAAAUAUUGACAUUGACUAAUGGAAUAUCUCAGUUCAACAUUGGAUUUUAAGUUACAAUUUCAAGACAGUAUACUUUUUAAUAUCAGAGUGCUCAAAAUAUAUUCUAUUUGGGUACCUAAAAUAUUUUAAUUCUAAAUUAUUUAAGCUUGCAACAUUACAAUGUGUUUGGUGAAGUUUUAAUCUAUAUAACAAAUAUUACCCAUGACAUAUAUGGCCAUUCAUUUUAACGAUAAUAAUUAAUAAAGUUUCUCAAUUCAAAAAUUGAUUUUAAAUCACAGUUCUUAGACAGUGUGCUUUAAAAAAAGUGCCUAAGAAAUAUUGAAAAGCUAAUUAUUAAGACUUGUGCCAAUCUACAAGACAUAUUUGAUGGAAUUAUAAUCUAUAAAAUUUAACUGUUUAUACCAAUGGCCAUUUUAAAAUUUUAUUUGUGCAAUAUGAUGGACUCAUGUCUGAAAAUGUAUUUAUAAUAAUUUUAAAAAUUUGAUAUUUGCAAGUUUCGUGUACUGCAAGAGAUUUUGUAACUUCUUACUUAUUGUUCUUUUAAGCAAUUAACAUAUUUAUGUUAAAAAGUAGUUUAUCUUUAAAGUUCUAAGUAUGUUCGUUUAUUACACAUUAUUAAAAGAUAUUCUUUUAAAUACUCAUUUUUUACGUAGGUACAUGUAAUGAAAGAUUAAUUUAUAUGUUCAGUUUAAAUAAGAGAUACCGGCUGUGCCCAGAAUAAAUUUUAAUUGUAAGAUACGCAUAGCGUGUUGCAUUAUUGAAUCUGUGAUCAUAUGUUAUGUGUAGUUUGUAAUACCUUUAUGCAUAAUUCAUAUCAUAUAGCGGAAAAGUUUAAUUUAAUAAAGGUAUUAUU